AUGGUUGAGGUUGCUGCUCGGCGUUCUCUCCAUGUGGGCGUGCAUAUUUCUGUUUGCCGUUCUCAGCUGGUUCCUACUCACUCCGAACAGGUUUCUGCGACACCUACAACAUUUCUCCUUUUAAAUUUAAAUCCCCCACUUAAGGAAUAUCAGUCCAGUGCCCCUAGAGUUGUCAGCUCCAGAAAUCCUAAUGCUAUUAGCAGCCCGUACAAUACACCUAACAAGAAUGGUUCCAUGCUAGAUAAGUUAAAACUUUUCAAUCCCAAAGAUAAACCAAAAACGAAAAAAAAAGAAUCAUCACAAAUCGAUGCUGGUAAAGUCAGCAAUAGAAAGAAAGUAGUUAGAGUAGAUACGAAACUCGUGAGACCAAGCAGGUCAUUGGCCAAACCACACCAGCAACAACAGAGGAGGGAGAGCAAGGAGGAACAGAGGCCUGUCUUCGAUGAGCCUAAACAAGUGGUGGCCUACCAAAGACCGCCUUCAUCAGAAGCGAAAGAGGCCCCUCCUCAACCAAAGCCACAAGAAGUCGAGGAGCAGAAGGAAGAUAACCCUCCUCCUCCGCCAGCUCCUACCUCCAACAUGGAAACUGCGGAGCCCCUGAGGGUCGCCGGAGGUAGUUGUAUCCCCAAGCCGACAGCGAUAGUCAAAGGCUACUCGAAGCCGACCCACACAGUCGCCCCGAUGCCUCCGCGACAGGAACCCUCUCUCUACCAGUCGCUGGAGAAGGAGAAGGUAAUCAUCGAUUCGCACUAUAGCAUCCCUAACAAGCUCGAAGCUGUACUGGAAGUCUCUCAUGAAAGACAGUCAUCGGUCGAAGAGGUUGAAGAAGCGAUGGCGAAUGUGAAGCCUAUGCAGCCCCUCCUGCCCGGAUACAAUAAGAGAACGGUUUCCAUCUCUCCGAGGACGAUACCCCCGAACAGGAGUAGAGCUUACCGACCUUUGGAUACUUAUCCCAGAAGUAAUACUGAAAGAAACUUUAUGGAAGUUGACUUUGCCAAUUCAUCUGUUAAUUCUGGUAAAGAUUGA